AAUUUGCAGCGUUUUCUUUAGGGUAGUUAAGUGUUUCAGUUCUUCACAAAGAAAUAGAAAUGCUUCCUUUGAUAAGCGAUAUCUAUUUCUAAACUCCACCGGCAAGCUCGUCGUUUUUGACGCAGUUGAUUUCUUCUGUCUUAAGUUUCUGCAGCCAUUAAUAACUUCCAGGCAAAAAUAUUACGUGCUGCCAUUGUCAUAAAUAUCCUUCUAAAUAAACAAAUUAUUUGAAACGACGUAUGAUUUCAUAAGCCAAAAGCAAGUGAUUUAUUUACUUUACUAACGCGUUUCGGUUGUGAAACAAUUUAAACUUGUUGACAUUUGACAUUUACACUCGCAAAAACACACGAAACUUGACUUCGAAUGAGAACGCAGUCGAAGCGUUCAGAAACUCAUCGUCAUUAGUAAAAGUUUGUACAAAUACACUCGUCAUUUUAUUUCUAAUAGUUUCCUUUAGAGGUGCUGUUCAAGUUUACAUACAAAAUUGGAACUUAACGCAAACGCAAUAGUUCAGUUUGUCACAAAUGAAAACUUACACUCGGGGUUCAGAUCUCAACGCCCAAUGCGUAGAGCGAUUGAAGCUACAAGUGUAGACUGAUGUGUACUAUAUUUCUUUUCACUAGUGCGGCUAGCCCGCGAUAGGCUUGGCCCGUUACCGAAAUUUCAUCACGACGACAGACAUAGUAUUUUGGGAACUUCAGUUGGUCUGCGGCACGCAAGUGCGUUUCUGAGUUCAGUACGAUGUCCACGUUAUGUUCUCUUACCACUGACUUCAGAAGGCUGCGUCUCGUCUUGGAGAGUCCGUUGGCAUUUCGGCUGAUAAUCCGUCAGGCCGUCUUAUCCAUUGAGAGGCAGGAGUGUCGCCAUUUCUGUUAGCACAAUAGGGAUGAUAUCUUGCGGCUAGACCGGGGGUUCGGUUUCCUAGAUAUUUUUUCUCUUAUUCCUAAAUAUCAGAUAUUUUACAUUCUCAGUUUCGUUAUCCUCGUUGGAUGCAACAGUGUAAUGUUGAAGAGGUUUAGGGAGACGCGGUAAUGGCUGAUCUGAUUAGACCAGGAUGGUUCAAAAGUUGAUCGUCUAAAAUGAUAUUUUUUAUUCCUUUUUGAAAAAUGUAAUCUUUGUGCUUCUACUUACAUUCUUCUACUUGAGAAGCAUAAGGUGACACAGGUUCCUUAUUGGUCACCACCAUAUGUUGUAUAUCUAUUAUAAAUAGAUAAAUAUUAACCUGUGAAAACCUAGCCUUCUCCAGUGCUAAGUUCAAUCACACAUCAACAAGUCACAUAUUUUAUUUGAAUUCUAAUCGAAUCUAUUUUUGGUAAAUUGAAUGAUUGUGCUUUUACAAAGCCCGAUUUAGACGAAUUCCUAUAUUUAUAACAAACGUUCUCGGGCCUUAAUUUUUUAUUUUAAAACAAAAUUUUAUAUUUUAUGAGAGUCUUUGUGUGCAUUUCUGGCAGAAGUUGCUUUUGUAAUCGAAUUUUAUCAACGCCUUUUAAAAUUUUGUUCCGGUCCAAUAUGUCAUCGGGAGGGAUAUAGUCAUCAGGUCCUUCACCAGUCCGUAAAGCAAAGGUCAAAGAAAAUAUGAAAGAGUGUUAAAGGUGGAAUGCAGCUUGACAGGCACAGGCAAUGAAUUGGUGCUUAGAUAACUUCGGUUACAAAAAUACAAUUACCUUAAUGCUAUUCAUUCUUAUUUUUGUGCUGCGUUUUCUUUAAAAUUUCCCACUUAAACGCAGCCGCUGCGGUGUACGACGACAAACUGUCGCUGAGGCAUUGAAUCGCACUGCUAUACGACUCCAAUCUUCAUUUUUUAAUUUAUUGUUGGUGGCAUUGGUGGUUUUGCAAGUAAUGUAUUUGCUAGCUUCUAUGAGCUCCAGCAAAGCCUUCGUCUCCUCCUUCGUCAAAGGCUUGCUCUUUACCUCAAACAGAUUGAUGAAAGAAAUAACGAAAAUAACGGGAAACGAUAGAGCAGGUUUUCCAUUGCAAAAGAGAAAUGAGCAGAAAAUAGCCAAGCGGCACGGCCUCCGUUUAAAUCAAAUAGGUUUGUGUGUAACAUUGUGUUUCCACUGAAAAAGGGGCCUUUUUAAUAACAAUAUUUUUAUUAGAAAAGUAAAAUUUUAAAAAUAAAUAAAGCCGCAGCACCGGACAGGAUGAGUGGUUCGUCGGGUGCAGUUGGCGCAGGUCGCCGGCUGGUCCAGCGGCCGCUCGCAGUCGGCAGCCUUGUGAGGCCCGCCGCAGCGCACGCAGACGAUGGACCGGUGACAGUUCACCGACGAGUGUUGGAAAAGCUGGCACCGGUGAUACUGCGCGGACACCCCUAUUUGCCCCUCCACGCCUCUAUUUUGACAGCAGGCCAGUGGAGGAGCUCGCUGAUGGCGAAAAAAAAUUUAUUUUGCUGUUGAUGCGCUCGAACGUCCUUGUUUGGAUAUGGAUCACGAAAGAAUUAUUAUCUAAGACGACGAAUGAAAAAGAAACAGAAACAGUGGAAAUCGUCACAUUUUUCAAAGUGUUGGCCUGGCGUUGGCUCACGUGGCCGAGCUUUGGCUUUGGCCUUGGCCCUGGUUUGCGGCACCGGUCCAGGUCUUGCAGGUGGCAUAAGAGUUGACCCUGUGUUGCCUUCCCUGCGAUCUAGAUCCCCAGCAUCUUUUUGCCUUCUUCUGUCAGCCGCCAGUGGCGGGCGUAAGAUUGGUUCUGGGGCGAGUAUGCCCCUCUUUUCGGCUUCAUUUAACCGGGUCGUCACCAUUUCGCCUAUUUUGACGAACAGGUUCCUCUCAAUGGACACCUCAAGCUCGUUAAGGACGUCUUUGAGCUCCGCCAUUGUGACGGUCCUGAUCCUGAGGUGGACGGCCCGGCAGAUUUUUCCGCAAAAGCCUUCCGAAGGGCCCUUGUUUCCUGCUCCAGCUGCGUUAGUUGCUCCCGCAUUCUUUUGUUGUCAGCAGUCAGAAUUCUGACUGCUGCCGACUCCUCCUGGUGCAUUUCAAUUUUGUCAGCUGCAUCUAGAAUGUACUGGCAGGCCUUGUACCUUCAUUGAUCGCCAUACCGUGCCUUUGAGGUUGCCGGAUUUACCGGCUUCCUCCAGUACUUUCUCAACCGACGUCCGUACAACGUCAAGUUGUUCGUCAACGAUGCUGGCGGACUUUGGUGGCGAAGUCUGUGCGCGCCGACCAGCAUGACGGCCCCUCGUGGCUGUGUUGAUUUUGGGGCCUCGCGAUCUUAGUGUAGGCCCCUCCAGUGCCUUCCGUUUACGGGGAACACUGCCCCUGCCGUUCUUGUAGUCUUCCGUCAUUGUGACUUCCGGAAGGCUGUCGUUGUCCUCGUCGGAUGUCGGUGCGAGGACCCUCGACUCGUCGACCGUGACCGUUUCUUCCUCGCGACGAAAGGUCCUCGGCCCCAUCAAUUUGGGGUAACGAGUUGCCCGGCGCCGAGCCGAAACCUGACGCCGCACGAGACACAUCCACUCACUGUCUGAGGGCAGACAGGAGGGAGCGACUGGUAGACGGACCUGGACGCAAAAGCGUCUGCCCAAAAGCCGGUUAGGCUAUCCAACCCGUCCAUGUGUCAGGACAUUUGCCGAUGGAUAACAAGACCCCUAAUAGCGGAGAGUUCUUAACCAUCGCCCAGGGUGCACCAGCCCAGUGACUUGUCAGCCCGCCGCUAUCACCGGAUCAAAGAUCAAGCAACAGAAGCAAAGCUUUCAAGGUACUGAGCCAACGUGGAGGUUUCCUGACCGUAGCGCCCCGAUAGGGACGAUAUCCUGACCGAACUGGUACUCGGUCAAGAUUUCGAUUAGGAGAGUCAGUACCGGUUCAACGGCGUCUGACCUUCGUCCUGGUCUGUCGUCCCUAUCCUUACCGGUUUAUGACAUUUGAGGGGUGGGCUGCAUCGAUUGGGCAGGCGCCCGCUUGAGCGACAGCGGCCUCGGCUUUGCUCCUACGCUGUCAACGUCUUUGCUUUGUGGUCGCGCGGCUGCGCUGCGUUGGCUGUAGCUGCUCGGUAGGGGUUUGAAAGCUUUCGACUUCCUCCCGCAUCUUGGCGCAUGCGAAUUCGCGAGCACUGCUAGAGUUAAGGAAUAGGAGGAAUAACUGGAGUUUUUUACCAAGAAUUUUGCGUUUUUUCGUCGUCGAUCGGCGUACAUUUUUUUUUCUCAAUCACUGAAUUUGAAUUGUUCUACGGCUCCAUAAAUAAUUAUUAUGGUUAAAAUUGUUAUUGGAGUCCGAAAGCUGGUUGGCCUUAUGUGUAUUACACAUUUACAAUAUAAGUUCAAUGUGAAUUGGACGGCGUAUGUAUAUUUGUCAAUAAUCAAAAUGGCUGCACUGAUGAAUGAUGUAGUCCCAUGUCAUAAUCCUCACCAAGGAUACUUAAAAAUUUAAUUUCUAUUUCUGCUAGCGCUUCCCCACUUGGAGGGCUGUCCUCCUGUCCUUACCGCUGCCCCCUUAAAUUAUUCUAUUUUUACGUUUUUUUUUUGCCUUAACCGCCCAAAACUAAAACAUUUAAAAAAUUUACUUUUGGUUAUAGUUUUAAACUGAGACAAUUAAAAGAGAAAACUGAUUGAUUGAGUGACUGUUAGAUCAACAUACAAUCUUUUUUAAAGAACAAACAUCUGUUAGGCUUCUCUACGUUAUUUUAGGACCAUCAAUAAAUUUCAAAGUUUUUGAUAUGUUAACACAGGGUGUGUUUGUUUAUAAAUUUGGUGUUAUUUAAUAUUUUUAUAUAUCGACCCCAUUGGUCCAUGUGAUUGGUUUUUUCGGACACAAGUUUUUUAACGUUUUUUGGACUAGCGGGGAUGGCAAUCAGUGCCAUCUUCAUAUAGCCCUGAUGCAGUUUAAAAUAUUUUUAGAGCUCCUAAAUUUGUUGACCCUUGGUCAUAUAUGUUUUUAAUAGCUCCGACAAUUCAAACUGAUACUCAACAGUCGCAUAAGCAAUUUUCCUCUUAAAAUUAAGACUUCGUUUCAUAGAUGGAUCAAUGUUAACAAAGAAAUCGCAAAGCUCAUUUGCCAUUCUUAAACCUUCACUAAGAAAGUAAAUGUCACAUUAUUGUAAUUUAUAAUUACAGCCAAAUUUUCCGAAGAUAUAAUGCCUUUUGUAAAGUAACAUUUCAGUUUCACUAAAUAAGGAUUACUUCUAUAUAACUAACUGUAGAACCGAAAAUAAAGAUUUUUCGAUUCAAGCAGGCCAAGCCCUGAGGAGGAAUAAGAGUACUCUAAAAAACAAUAGAAUUAAUGCUUACGUACCUUGGACCAUUCCAGGCCAGAUUUUACUGCACCAUCACCCGCUGAAUCCAAUGAAUCGGUUACCCUCGACCACAUUUCUUUAGAAUGUUGCCGAACUUGUGCUGAUUUUUUGUAACCAGUAACAAUCUCCCGAUGCUCAUUCAAAAACUCAAAUUGACACUCGAGUUGAUGAAAUGAGACUCUGCGUCUGGUUUGUUAUCGAUUUGCACCAAAACACCAGACCUGAUCAAGUUAUUAUUAGCUAAGCUAUACAAUAAAAUUAUACUUUGUCUGAAAUUAUUUAAUAUUUUGUCAAGUUCCUGCCAUUUCUUAUUAUUUCAUCACAUCGACUUCGCAUCGAGGAUACCAGUGCCUCACAAACAUUCGUGCCUCGAAGUGACUCCCAUUCUUCAUAAACAUGUGUGACAAGUGCCUCUAUGACCCUUAAUAAUAAUUUUCUGUCCAAACUAAUAAUAAGAAUGCGAAAGUAUGUUUGUUAACUCUUUACACGUUAUCUAGAUACUGAAUCAGUUUAUCGUAUAAAUAAGAGUCUAGAGGUCAUGAGCCAUCUUCUAUCCCGGUAAAGACUAUAGUACCCGUGGGAUUUGCAAAAACCUGGAAGUAUUCUUUAUUAGUUGGCGUAAAAUUAGGGCGGGUGAAGCUACGGGUAAAAGUUAGUGUAAAUAUAAAGAUCAUAAUUACCGCGGCGUCACCACCAUUGCAUUUAGUGGGUUUCUUUGUAGUCGUGCGCUUCUCAGAUUUGCGUUCGCGCACGCGCACGAUUUCCCGAAUUUUCUCAGCCCACUGGUAUAUAGUGGCCCCACCGGCGUUUUUCCUGAAAUUAAUUGUGAGAUUAUAGUGUGUGGCUGGUGACAUGGUUUUCAUAAAAAUAAAAAUACAUUCAAGUUGAACACGCAGACUGACAUUAGAUUUUUAGUAAUUUCACAAAACACCUGUAAGUUGGUAAACUUCUAGUAAGUUGCUUUAAAAUAUUUAAAUUCAUUCAAACAGUUAAUCAAAUAUUUAAGAUUAUUAAUAUUAAUACAGUGGAUGUAUAACGAUGUAUAACGAAAAGUACUUACAAUGAAACUUGAUCCAAGGCCUCAUGCAGCGCUUCCUUGCUCUUCCUGUCCAUCCAUGGCGCCGACAGCUCAUACUUCGCAGACGCCUGGUCCGGGUAAUUGGGCGGCAUUGUCACAUACAGUAACACUUCUCUUUUAUUCUCCGCUAUCCUGACGCAGAAAGAUCUUGCGCUGUCACUUUCUACGUUCCAGUCGUCACCGUAAAUGGAUGCCAGAGCUCCAAUUUCUUCAGUCUGGGAAAGGAAAUAACAAGAUUUAUAUAUGAGUUACAUAAUUGUAGGGGAAAAUGGAAGAAAGAAAUGUUAAGGUAUAACAGGGCGACAAACCACUACAGAACACAAGGUGUAAGAAAUUGAAGUAUUUGGCAAUGUAAAGAACCAAAAAGAAAUGCACUAGGUACACUAAGGGAUAAUUUUACAUAAAGUUAUAAUUUAAAAUCACAAUAUUUAAGUCACACCAAUUUUUAAAAAGAAUAAAAUUUUUCACAUUUUUUGCCACACUGCCAGUGAAUAACUCAGCCUCUUUUAAUGAUUUUAUCAGUUUCGACAAACUGGGUAGCUCAUUCUUUUCAUAAUAUCGAUAUAUAUGAUUUCGGAUAGCUUCGUCGUCAAAACUGUCCACAUUUGUAAUUGGCUUAUUCCGCCGUCGCUUCUUCGGUGUCGAUAAAAUAUUUUCAACGGUACCAGCUGCACCAAAUUUUUUUUUUAUGAUACGUAUAACUGUGGCCGUCCCGAUAUCCAAUGCUUCUGCAACUCGGGCGAUAACAUGUUCGAUCGGCACAACAAUGAAAAACUUAAACAAACAACAGCAACAAAACUCAACAAUAACCAAAAGUAACAAUAACCGAAAACCACGCAAAGAUCAAUUAAAACACAACUCGCAUACAAGGCUGAUGCACUCGUACUGACGCGAUUGAUAAGCGAUGACAAGAUGGCCGCCGAUUAUGUAUUGUCCCAGCUCUACGUUAUUUCCACGUUCCGUUCCACGUACACGAAUUGCGCAGGAAUUAAAAAAAAAAAAUAUUUUCUAUUUCGUUAAUUUAAAGUAAGCGAUACUGUUUUUGUUGUAAUAUUUUGUUAUAAAUUUUUUUUUGUUCGGGUAGCAGGCGUGGUUCAGUUUCGCUGACCUGAGCGUCUAAUAAAGCAAUAUCGUAGCUUAGCUCUUUGAUCAAAUCGGUCGACAACUCUCCUCGACGCUCUGGUGUAGGCAUACCGAAGUCAGACAAUUUCUUACCGAAAAUCGUUAUUAUUUUGUCCUCUAUAUGUCUCAGUGCUUCAUUGAAACAUAGAUCAUUGUUGACUUGAUCCAUCCUUUCAAAUCUAUGCAAGAUAUCCUCCGAUAAUGCAGAUUUAUACUUAUCCCAUAGUAGAAGAGGAUUGGAUAAACCGCAAGUGCAUAUCAAUAUUGCAAAUAGUUCUCUUAUUUGCGAAGGAGAGCGACACAGCACUGCCUCUUCCAUUGUGGCAUCCCAGUGGUUGUCAUCUUCCAACAACCCCAACUUCUCACACGCUUGUCGAAAAGUUUCAAGUUCUUGGCCGUCAACUGUUUUUAGAUCCAAAAAGCUAGUGGGUCCCUGUACUACAUUCAGCAGCAUUCGCAAACAGUAACAUUCGAAGUUACUAACAUGCACUGUGUAAAUGCGCCCAAGAGCAUCUCCUGCCUUCACACCUGGCCAGCCGUCGACAGGUGUGCCUUGUAAACGACGUUUCCAUUCUUUCGACCGUGGCCGAGCUUUGGCUUUGGCCUUGGCCCUGGUUUGCGGCACCGGUCCAGGUCUUGCAGGUGGCAUAAGAGUUGACCCUGUGUUGCCUUCCCUGCGAUCUAGAUCCCCAGCAUCUUUUUGCCUUCUUCUGUCAGCCGCCAGUGGCGGGCGCAAGAUUGGUUCUGGGGCGAGUAUGCCCCUCUUUUCGGCUUCAUUUAACCGGGUCGUCACCAUUUCGCCUAUUUUGACGAACAGGUUCCUCUCAUUGGACACCUCAAGCUCGUUAAGGACGUCUUUGAGCUCCGCCAUUGUGACUGGUCCUGAUACUGAGGUGGACGGCCCGGCAGAUCCGCAUAAGCCUUCCGAAGGGCCCUUGUUUCCUGCUCCAGCUGCGUUAGUUGCUCCCGCAUUCUUUUGUUGUCAGCAGUCAGAAUUCUGACUGCCGCCGACUCCUCCUGGUGCAUUUCAAUUUUGUCAGCUGCAUCUAGAAUGUACUGGCAGGCAUCCUUCAUUGAUCGCCAUACCGUGCCUUUGAGGUUGCCGGAUUUACCGGCUUCCUCCAGUACUUUCUCAACCGACGUCCGUACAACCUCAAGUUGUUCGUCAACGAUGCUGGCGGACUUUGGUGGCGAAGUCUGUGCGCGCCGACCAGCAUGACGGCCCCUCGUGGCUGUGUUGAUUUUGGGGCCUCGCGAUCUUAGUGUAGGCCCCUCCAGUGCCUUCCGUUUACGGGGAACACUGCCCCUGCCGUGCUUGUAGUCUUCCGUCAUUGUGACUUCCGGAAGGCUGUCGUUGUCCUCGUCGGAUGUACAAGCUUGCUGUGUCUUACAAACCUGCGUGCGCGAAAGAGACGGGUAUAGAUUUCAAGACACUGUACGUUCCACCAGAACUGGAAAUAAUCGUUGGACCCACAAAUAGAGGCAGCCGAUCAUCAGCAUCUUAUAGGGAUUUAUUUGCGGAUUAUUUUAUUAAUACAAAUCCAUUAGAAUGGCAAAAUAGAUAUGUAUUAGAAUAGUGCCUACCUAUUUAUCUAAAUAAAACAUUGAAGCGAAAACACCUACUAAGUACAAAAAAGAAAAAUAACUAAUACAGAGUUAUCCUGCGAUACCUUACAAAAAUAUUGAUUAGCCGGGUCCACACCGGACGAUCCAUCGAUCCCGCGAUCCGCGAUCCAGGAUCGCGGAGCGUGGAUCGUGGAUCGUGUUAGGCCGAUCCACUCUUGGAAACUUGCGAUCCCAAAUAUGCGCUCCAAGCGAUCCUAAGGCGAUCCGUGAUUCAGCCAGUCUAACUCUUGUACGAUAUGGAGUCACACGUACAACGGCGGCGUCUUGCCGUUGCAGCAGUAACUUUUAUUUUGCUUAAAUGCUUGCGCAAAAAAACACAAAAAAGAAAACGACGGUUUUGGGUGAAACAAAUUUACAAAAAUCGCUUGGAAUCUGGGACUCAGCUGUACGCAGAGUUAGUGUCAGAUAAAGGUGAACACAAUUUUGCAAGAAUGAAUGCUAAUCAAUUUGAGAUAUUGUGUUCAUUAUUAAAUAACAAGCUAAGAAAGAAUGAUACAAAUUAUAGAGAUGCCAUUACUGUGAAGGAAAGAUUAUUACUAACAUUGAGAUUUUUAGCAACUGGAGAUUCGUACGUCAGUUUGCAGUAUCUGUUCCGCAUUUCCAAACAGUCUAUAUCGAUAAUUAUUCCUGAAGUUUGUGAAGCCAUCAUUGACCUGUUAAAUGAUUAUGUAAAGGUGCCGUCAACUAAAGAAGAAUGGCGUACAGUUUCUCAGCAAUUCGAGAAUAAGUGGAAUUUCCCACACGUGAUAGGAGCGAUGGACGGCAAACACGUCGCUAUACAAUCGCCUUUUAAUAGUGGCAACGACUUUGAUAAUUACAAAUUAUUUCCUAGUAUUGUUCUUUUUGCAUUAGUAGAUGCAAAUUAUAGGUUCCUGUAUGUGAAUGUUGGGACUAAAGGCAGAAUAUCAGAUGGAGGCGUGUUCAAAAGCACAAAUUUAUAUAAAAAACUUGAAAAAAAAGAGCUAAAUAUUCCUCCACCGGAGAUAUUGCAAGUUCCCUAUAAAAUUGAGGUACCCUAUUAUAUACUAGGUGAUAAAGCUUUUCAGCUUAAUGAUUAUACUAUGAAACCAUACGCUGGUACACGGGAAAGGGGUUCUUGUGAAAGAAUUUUCAACUACCGACUGUCAAGAGCACGUAGAGUAGUUGAAAACGCGUUUGGAGUACUUAGUUCUGUCUACAUAGUCCUGCGUAAACCUAUGCUUUUGGAACCAGAAACUGCGACUAAAGUCGUGCUGGCAACGGUUGAUCUAUAUAACUACUUACGCAGUAAUCCUAACCUUAUAUCGCCAGGAACGUUUGAUACAGUACAGGAGAAUGGAGAUGUAAGGCCGGGUCCAGACGAGUGUAACGUGUAAUGUAAGAUUACGUGUAAUUUAGUAUCAACAGUGUGGACGGCACACGAACUAAAGCGAAUUGUGAACGCGAAAAUAUUUCAAAAGCUGUUUCCACUCAGUUGCUACGAACAUGCCGAAUAGGAAGGUCGUGAUAGCUGGUGCGGCUUUUAUUUUCAUGUAUUUACUAACUGAAGACCGCAAAAGUCGGAAGCGUCGAUGGUGGAAAACUAAUUUGUAUAAAAGAAGAUCUUCUUUACUUGUGGAACUAAAAUCUCAACAUAUAAGUGGUCAAUAUAAAAACUUUACCCGGAUGUCGCCUACUGACUUCGAAUAUUUGUUAACAAUCAUUGCGCCUAAAAUAUCAAGACAAGACACUAUAAUGAGAUCUGCAAUUUCGCCGCAAGAUAGACUGGCUCUAACACUAAGAGCUCGUUCCCACCUGUCGGCUAUCGGAUCCGUAUAUUAAUCGGAUGUCGGCGCCUUUGUUCACACACACGAUCGGUUGUCGGCCACGGUCGAAGCUAGUGCCAAUUUCAAGCACUCUACGCGAGGCGAUUGUGCACGAUGGACGUCGACGAAGCUCUUGUUGUGAUGUAUUAUUAUUUGAGAAGAAAACGAAGAAAGACAGCCAAGGAAAGAAAAUAUUGGGUGCACCCAAUCCUGAGAGAAAGAUUUAGUUUGGGAACAUUUCAGAAUUUAAUAACAGAAUUGAGGAGUGACGAAAUUAAGUUUUUCAAUUAUUUUAGAAUGUCGAUAACUACAUUCAACCAUCUAUUGGCUCAAAUAUCAGUGAGCAUAAACUACCAAAAUACGAGAUUUAGAGACUGCAUUUGUACUGAAGAAAGGUUGGCGAUAUUUUUAAGGUAAUAUAAUUAUACAUAUUAAUUUGUAUAAAGGAAGAGAUAAAACAGUCACUUUUAGUUCACAUAUAUUUAUUGAAAGAAAUAACUUUAAUUUUUUUUAAUUACGAAAACAAAUUAGUGGAGUUAAAUAUUACUAAAAUCUAAGUCCGAAUCUUGAGUAUUACUUGAAUGUAGUGACAAAGUAGGUGAUGCUGGUUCAACGAGUUGGCGUGUCGAAUAUCCAUAUCCACUUGAAGGGAAGAUAUUAUUCUGGUUUAAUGGUGGGUGCACAUUCUGGUUUUGUGACGAAUAUACAGAUUGUUGCACGUGAUCUCUUGAUUGUGAAUGCCAACCAUAGUUUGAUGAGUAUAAACGACUUUCACGCUGCUUUUUAAUAUUUUGAAUCAGUGACAGCACGCCUGAUUGAAACUCUAAAGUUUCAUUAUCGUCAAAAGACGUAACGCUCGGUAGAACACCUUUAAAAAAAGAGAGCAUUGGAUGUUCGUUACUUCUGUCUGACUGUAGCCUGCUAUCUAAAAACUGGCUCAUUUUGUCAUCGAGACAGGAGGUUUUGGGCUUUUUGGAAGUGCUUGGUAAUAGCAGCUCUGAAUUUAUAUCUGUUGUAUUGGCCGCUGAUGCCUCGGGACAUGUAUCUGUUGGACGCUUCUUGACAGAAUCAUGAGUUCGAUUAGGCUCAGCCACUUUUUGCAGAAAACUCAUCUGUUCUUUAUAUAUAUAUGGCUUUGAAAACUUAGCCCCUGCUCCGGAUUUUUUGACGUCAUUUUUAUUUGCUCGCAUCCAGGCAUCUCGUAGAUUCGACCACUUUGUAGAUACUAAUUUACCUGCAAUUACAAUAGGUACAUAUAGAAAUGUUAAUUAUUUUACCUACUUAAUUAUUUUACAGAUAUUGCGCAUCGGGUUGUUCCUUCAAAGAAUUGCACUAUAGUUACAGAGUUGGUGUGUCAACUAUUAGUAAAAUCUGCAAAGAAAUUAGUUCCACUAUCUGGGAUGUAUUAAGAGACGAGUUCAUGCAAAUUCCUGAUAAUGAGCGUAAAUGGUUGGAAAUUGCAAAAGGUUUUGAUAUGAAAGCCAACUUUCCGCACUGUCUUGGAGCAGUUGAUGGUAAGCACAUAAGAGUGGUGAAACCAAACAAUACUGGCUCGAUGUAUUUUAAUUACAAAGAUUAUUUUUCAUUUGUUUUACUAGCCGUUGUUGAUUCAGAAUAUCGUUUUAUUUUUAUGAGUGUUGGCUCGUAUGGAAAAGAAUGCGAUUCUUCAAUAUUCAAGGAGUCAACUAUAUGGAAGAAACUGAAUGAUGGUAGUUUAAAUAUACCAAAACCAAGGCCUCUACAUGCAACACUUCAAAAUGAUAUGCCUUAUGUUCUCGUGGGCGAUGAGGCUUUCCCUCUGUCAACAAAUUUGUUAAGACCUUUUGGAGGCACUCAUUUAGACCACAUGAAAAAAAUAUUUAACUAUCGUUUAAGUCGGGCAAGAAUGUACGUUGAAUGCGCAUUCGGUAUUUUAGCCAAUAAAUGGAGAAUAUUUCAUCGGCCACUGGAUGUCCACCCAGACACGGCUAUCGAAAUUGUAAAAGCGUGUACAGUAUUACACAAUUUUGUAAGAGAAAAGGACGGUCUGAACUUUGAAGAUAUUCAUUAUGCGGCAGAAAAUCCGAUGCAAGAACAAGUACAACUGCAAAACUGUAAUCCACGUGGUGGUCCUAUUGCAAAUUAUAUACGGUCUGAAUUUGCAAACUACUUCGUUUCAACAAUAGGCUCGGUGCCUUGGCAACCAGAAGCGCAUGGUUAAUAUUUAUGUUUUGAAUUUUACGUAUAUUAUUAAAUAAAUAACUUCAAACACUUACCACA